UGCUCUCAGCUGAGCCCGUGUAGAUGGCGCAACUUGUUAUGCUUUGCGAUGGCAAAACAAUACUAGAUGGUGAAAUAAACAGUACCCCAAAGGCGAUGAACCUCACGUUAAGAAGAAAUUUUCAACAGUCACUUCCGAAAUGACUUAAAAUUGAGCUUACCCUUUGACGAAAAUCCAUCAUGACGUCUCAGAACCCUAGCAGAUUUGCUGAUUAUUUUGUGAUAUGUGGACUUGAUGCGUCGUCUGGUCUCGAGCCAGAUCGGUUGUCUGGGGAUAAUUUACAGGUGUCACCUCUUCAUCGUCCGUUCAAGUCUAAAGUGCUUGCUCACUACCCUGAGUCUGUACCUUGGAAUUCAUUUGACAAAGAUGCAGUGGGAAUGCUAUGCAUGCCAAGGGGAUUGUCUUUCAAAACACAGCGAGACCCUCGUCCUGCUUCUUUUCACUCUUUCCUUAUCACUCGAGAGGACGGGACACGGUGUUAUGGUUCAGCCCUUCUUUUUUAUGAAGAGGUGACAAAUCGAGAAGUGUGUGUGGCCAUGCAGACUCUUCACAGCAUGCACACAGCAGAUGCUGUGUCAUCUUUUAUGCAUUUUCAGCUCAGUGAUGAUGAUGAUAGUAGCCCAGAGCCAGUGAAGAAGAUCAGGGAGCCACACAACAGGGAGAAGUCUCGGGGCUUUGACAGUAGCAAGGACAAGUUGUUUGUGACAAAGUGUAUUUGCUUGGUGACCAGCUUACCAUUCAUGAUGUCCUGCCGAAGUUUCCUGCAACAGUUAUAUGACUUGUCAAUGAAACCUGCCAUUAGUGCCUUGCCCCUGGAAGCAUUUGUUUUUAAUGCUCUUUAUGAUGUGCCUCUGCCACCUCCAGGCCGAAGCAUGAAGUUCUUUGGACCGAUGCGAGCUAUCUUUUGUCAGAGACCAAAUAUUGGUGAAAUGCCUCUAUUUGACUUUCCACUUUGGGACCUGUUUCGCCUGCUGGGUGUAGAAGGGACAUUGAAUGUGUUCAUGUGUGUCCUUCUGGAACAUCAGAUUCUUUUUUACUCUUCUGACUAUCAGCGGCUAAUGCUGGUUGCAGAAGGGAUAAAUGCUCUCAUCUUCCCCUUUACCUGGCAGCAUGUCUAUGUGCCCAUUUUGCCAGCAUCACUUAUUCACUUUCUCGAUGCCCCUGUGCCCUAUGUCAUGGGGCUGUGUAGAAGUAAUGAAGAGCGUACAGAUCUUGUGCUGCCUGGCGAGGCCAACAUGUGCUUUGUGGAUAUUGACAAGAAGGCAGUUGAUAUGCCCGAAGACCUCCCUUCAUUUCCUUAUCAGUCGGACCUACAGACUGAGCUGAAUCAGCUGCUUAACCGUUACCAUGCUAUCUUUAUCUCGGAAAAACAAGCUUGCAGCCAGUCACCAACACCAAAACAUAAGUCUGGAAGUGGUUUGGGGCAAGAUUCUUUUGGUACAGGCAGCUGGCCCAACUCUCCAAAGCGAAUGGAAAUUCUUCAGCAAAGUGAAACUUGGAAGAAAAUUUCCAACCUCGCCAAGAAGACAGGUGUUUGGGAGUCCAUUGAAGACUUCGCUGAGGAAGAGGCUCGCCAUGCAGCAUCACAAGAGGAAAUGCGGAAAAGAGUCCCAGCAAUGGUAGUAGAACAGGAAGGCAAAGAAAAUGUUCCAGAUGAAGAGGUAGAGCAUCACAAAUUCAACAAUGCCGUGCGAGAAAUCUUCCUCAAUUGUUUUGUGCACAUGUUUUUGGGCUAUGAGAACUUUGUGGUGAAUCCCUCCCAAGACAUGGAGUCUUGGUUGACAAAUCGCGAAACUAUGCACAACUUUGAUAAAGCUGCUUUUCUCAGUGAUCAGCCUGAGUCUCACCUGCCCUUCUUGUCACCCUUCAUAGAGACUCAGAUGUUUGCUACAAUGAUUGACAACAAAAUCAUGUCACAGUGGGAGGAGACUGAUCCUUACCUUUGUGUGUUUGAUGCAAGAAUUAAAGCACUGAGAGACAAGUUGGGAGAGUCUAGAAUCCUGACAUAUUACCCGUGUAGUACUAUUGAAGAUACCACUGUAUUUAUUGAAAAGCGAGCCACCCACAUUGAUCACAUAGCACCUAAACCACAGCUACAGGGCUUUGAGGGGCAGACAGCAGAGUGCCAGCCAGGCAUAUUCCCUAUUCUUAAUGCCUCCAUCCUCAACACAGAGCCCACUAAGUCCAGGAGUCGAGAGAGUGCAAAAUGGAGACGAAAAGACCGCCUGCUACAGCAUGCUGAGCAUCUACAGCUCAACUCAGAUCAGAGAGAGUUUGCCCUGGCAGAGAAACAUGCAAAACUAUGGGUUCGCUACAUCCAGGAGGCACGCUCAAAGCAACUGCGGCAGCCUCAGCUGUCAGAAAUGUCUGCUGAGGGUAUGGUACAGACAAACUGGAAGUUUGUAGAAACCCUGCUGAAGGAGUGCAAGACAAAGACGAAGAAGAUGCUAGUGGAGAAGAUGGGGCAAGAGGCCGUUGAACUGGGACAUGGCGAGGGAGCCCUGACCGGUGUUGAGGAGAACACCCUCAUCGCCAGUCUCUGUGACCUCCUGGAACGCAUAUGGUCUCAUGGUUUGCAGAAUAAGAAGGGUAAGUCUGCAGUCUGGUCACACUUGCUCAGCUUCCAAAGUAUACAGGAGUGCAACAGAAACAAUCAGCCAGUGGAUCCGAAGCUUCUUUCUCCAGGGCUCCCCAAAAGACAUAGCUUGAUAGAUAUCACAUCUCUUAUGGAGGGGUCUAUCACCAUUCUUGGCCGCUCCAUAUCACUCAGCACUAUCGCAUGGUGCGUUCUCCAGAAACGAUUUGAACACCUUUCGUCACUGGCACUUGAGCCAGAGAAACUGGAAAAGUCUGCAAUUCAGACGCAUCGUCGUCGAAGCAGUCAAGGCCGUGUUGAGCUGCCAGUUCUGAGGCCCAUGCCAAAGUCUCUGAUCCAUGACAUGAAGAAGGUACAAGAGAUGACAGAUAUUCGCUCUGAUGUUGGGUGCACACGGGCGUGGGUGCGUCUGGCACUGGAGCGCAAGAUGCUGUCGUCUCAUCUAAAGGAGCUGCUCAGUGACACCAGUCUCCUCAGGUCCUUGUACAAACGCUAUGCUUUCUUGAGGUGUGAAGAUGAGCGGGAGCAGUUCCUGUACCACCUACUGUCUCUAAAUGCUGUAGACUUCUUCUGCUUCACCAACACUUUUGCAAACACAGUUGUACCAUACAGAAUACUGGUCUUCCCCAGUACCAAACUAGGGGGCUCUACUACCAGCGCUAAUGUCUGGCUGUCUGUGGCUGGUCAGUUGGGAGACUCGGGUCGAAUGGACCUUCCCAAAAGCUUGCUGGAGCACACUUUUGAGCACAGGAACCUGGGAGUUUUGACAACCUUACGCAUCGGUCAUGACAACAGUGGCAUGAUGCCACGCUGGCUUGUGGAGUACAUUUUGGUGCGAAAUGAAUUGACCGGGCACACUUACAAAUUCAACUGUGGUCGAUGGUUGGGAAAAGGGGUGGACGAUGGCAGCACAGAGCGUCUCCUGGUGGCAGAACUGAUGCAAAAUACCGUUGACAGCGAGGAUGAAGUUGUUGUACAGACUGUACCUAGAUCAGCUUCCCCCAAAUCGCCCAGAAAGUUUGGAGAUCACAAUCCGACCCUGCCUGAGAUCCAGGAGAUGGUGGGGCACGCUGUGAACAACAUAGUCAAGCACUUUUUCAAGCCAGAGAAAGAGAGAGGAAAUCUGACCUUCUUGCUGUGUGGUGACAAAGGCCUGGUGCAGUGCAUGGACCUUGUCUUCCAGUAUGGAUUUCGUUCUUCACGCUUUUUCCGCAAUAAAAUGUUUGUCUGGGACUACCUGGAGCGGCUGAAGGUCUAUUUUGAGAAUGCCAUGGCCAACUGCAACAUCCGGCCCAUUGCUGAAGUGGCCAAAGCUGGCUACUGGCUCUUCUGUAAUCUGUUGAAGAAAAUCAAUGAAGCAUCACAGUCGAUUGGCAAAGAUGGCAAAUUCCAGAUCUUUAUCUGCGUUGGCAUAAGGGACCGCUGUCUUCACCGGUGGCUGCCACUGAUGGCAAACACCACUGUGACUGCUCAGAUGUAUGAAGAAAAUUCAUUCAUGCGGAACUCAAGCCUGACAAAUUUCAUGCACAUCCUUGAUUCACUGACAGAGUUUGAUAUUACCCUAGAAUCAUCGCUCUUGUGUGGGCUGGACAUCUAGUCAUUUGAUUGGACACCCCUCAAGUUUUUUUUUCUUGAUAUUUUAUAAAUAGCUGUUGUAGAGCUCCUGUACAGUAAGCAUUUGAUAAUGAAAUAUUUUGUUAGUACUUCUGUCUUGUUCUUUCGCAUGUCCCCUUGUUAUGUUCAGGUUUCCAUUCUUGAUACACCACUUUAGACAGAUGUUAUAAAUGAAUUGUUUGUAUUCAUCAUUGUUCAUCCUCUUUGUGUACCCAAAACAACCAUCAUUUUUUCAUCCUCAUUUUACGGCCAACACAAUCAUGAGUGAUAUUACCUUUCAUAAGAAUUACUGUCCAUUUGUGGUGUUCCUUGUAUAACAAACAGUGCUGCAAAAUCUGACUUUCAAUUAUUGUUUCACAGUAGAUUAGGGUGUGUAUUUUAAAACUUAAAACAGCUACCCCCUACCAUUGCAAGAGAGCAAACUUACAUCCAGUGAUUUGUUUCAUGUGGAUUACUUAUGUGUAUAUUCUUGGAUGAAUAUUUUUUAAACAACAGGAAAAAUGUGUAAACAUAAGCAUUUUUGAACUGUUAGCUGAAAGUCUGUGGUGGUUGUCAAAUGUUUUAUUCAAAUUAUUAUUUAUCUUCAGGCUGGCAAUACAUACUUUUGCCUUUCAUCCUUUAAGUCACUUGGCCCUAGCUCUCAGGGACCACUUUUAUUCACAAGUUCUGACUGUUUAAUUUCCUGAUAGCAACAGAUGCAAGAAUAGGCCACAUUUUUCUCUUCCAGAUGUUAAGAUUUGGUCAGUUUUAUGUAUUAUGCAAAUUUGUUUGUAUGUGUGUAUUUGAGAAGCACCAGCCACCUUGAAAACUUGAAAAGCCUCUAAACUUUGUUGAGAUUCUUUUAUCACAUUCCAGCAAAGUAGUGGUUGGUCGUAGCCUUUGGCACAGUUUUUGUCAUGUAAUGGCGUAAUUGUCCCUUGAUUCAGUAUAGCAGUUACUUUGCAUGUUUGAGUGUGUGAUGCACAUAAAGGAAUGAAAGGAGGAAGAGAGCACUGUUUAAUAUGACAUUAUGCAAUCAGAUGAUACAGAAAAAUUACUUUGCUACCUUUACUGCAUGUGAAAGUCGCCAAAGACUACUGAGUAAUUCAAUAUUGAUUUAUGACCAUGUUACAAGAAUGAAGGAAUGAGAGCCUGUGUGAACGCACCAUUAUUAAAUACGUAUAAAGUAUGGAAGAAUUUUAAGUGACAAAAAACUUAAAUGUGUAAAAAUAAUAGAAAAUAUUUGCAGAUAUUGAAGAUAAGUUUUUGUGAGCAAGUUUGCUGGGAUAUAGAUUUCAACUACUUUUUAUCAUUGUGAUGCUUUUCAUCAAAGGGUUAAUGGCCUCUGUUUAAUUUAUGAUCUAGCAUUGGUGUGUCUGUUGCCUAUCAGAGUACAUGCAACACUUUUAAAAGCAUUUUUAACACCAACAAAGUGUGCUGAGCAGCUUAUGCUAUUGCUUGACAUGGGUACAUGGCUCUCGCAAUUCCAUUUUUGUAACUCAUUUUUAGUAUGUGCAUGUCUUACAGGAAAUUAUAGCUUUCUUCAGGAAAUUUCCUAUUCACUGAAAUGUAUAAUUUGUGGUGCAUGUUGGAUCAUAUGCACCCUUGCACUAUUUUUGUGUGAUUUCUCCCACCUAGAAUUCUGCCCUGAAUGCUACUUACAUGAGUUUGCCAUUCACUGGUAUGUUUAGACUCCAGCAUGUUUCACUCUUGUGCACACAUUUGCUUUUAGGAAAUAAGAGUUGGUUCUCCAAGCAUGAAGCAAACAGAAUAGUUGAAUGCUUUUUGUUAGUGCCAUGUUGAAACCAUGGAGUAAUUAGAAAAUCAUUUUAAUUCCAAUAUUAGAACACUAGAGAAAAGACCCGACUGUUUUUGAAAUUUGAGAUUUUGGAGAGGAAGCAAAAAAUCGUCCUUUUAAUGCGAGUAUUGGAAAAAAUGAAUUAGUAUUAUGGGCCUGAAUUUUCACCUUAUGUGGCAUUUUUUCUUCCUAUACCUUCAUCUGUUGAGUUGUAAAAAGGAAUUGAACGAGUCCAUGUAAAAUAAAUGAGAAACGAAGAUGCCAAACAAGUUGGUGGGUUUGUGGCGGUGUGGAAAGUCAUACAAUUGAAAGAAAUCUAACAAAUGCCAUAGGUCAUAGAAGACCAGUGUUUAAAGAGGCUACAACAGUCUGAGUGUACCAAUGUAACGAAAAUAGAGUGAUGUUUUUGUUUGGCUGCAAGAUACCCUUAAACAGAGAAAUGUGCUCAAGACUGACAUAUCCUCAACUUUGUUUGCUUACAAUUAUUUUUCCCGUCCCCAUUCAUGGCAGUCAAACCACUUGGAAUGUAUAUGGAGGUAAAAUUAAAGUCUUGACAAUAGGUAGGGUGCAUUAAAAUUGUAUCCAAUUCUGUGAUAUUUUCAUGUUGCCCAAGGACCUGUGGUAUUGCCUGCAUUUAUGUACCCCGGUCUGCAUCUUGCUGUGACCCCUGACUAGUGGGAGGUCAGCAGACAAGCAAGUCAUUCAUGUGCUCAUUUAGAUGCUUUGUGCACCUGUCUCAUAACUAGACUCCAGAAUGAGUAGAGCUCAUGACAGACUUUUAUGGAGCUAACAUGGCCAGUUGUGCACUGUAUUAGUUUAGAUGUUUUCCUGAAGAUAGUGUGUGUGUGUGUGGGAAUGUACAUAAAGCUAUGGGAGGUGGAGAAGGGUGGGGGGGAUCUGCGUGCAGGAUCAACGAAGUUUUUAAAACACUUGUAAUGGGUACAAGAUCUAGCAUGCUAGUGAAUCAUCACAUAUUCAUGGCUAUAGUUAAAGGGACGAUAUUCUCACCUCGGCCUCCUUACCACCAUUUGCAGCUAAGAAGUGGCAUGCAACAGUGCCACUGUGAUUUAUGUGCAACAUAUUUGAAGCCAAAAGUUUUUUGCUUAUUAAUUCAUACGAUCACCCAGGCUUUUGCUACAGUGAAUAAAACAUCGAGACGAGCUUUGCAUACAAUCAAGGCACUGUCCAUAAAGUAUUAAUAUGUGUUUGAUUCAUCUAGUACUGUUUUUUUUUUAUUAUUUGAUAACUCCUGUGAGCUUCAAAGAGUUCAGUAAGUAGAAGUGGUUGACUGUAACCUGAUGACAGGGUGCAUUGUUUGGAUGUGUAUAGAAAACACUAGCAUUGUUAAACUUCAAUUAAAUGUGAUUGUAGAUGGGAAUUGGGAACUUGGCUGACAUUUUGAUGUAGAAGACAUACCUUUUAUUUUAAUAUUUUAAAAUAGGUAGCAGAGAUUGCUUGGACCAUCUGUGCGGCAUGAAAGGUUUUAAGACCAUGUUCAAUAAAGUUCACUGAAUGGUUACAGUUUUAUAA